AUGCAGCCUUUCCCGGAAUCGGACGCCGAGGUGUGGGACGAUGCCGACUUUUUCUUCAGGCCCGGGCAGAGAUUUGAAGGGGUGCGGUUCUGGCGCGAUCCGUUCGCGUCCGUGGUGAGGACGAGGGGGCUGCUGACGGAGUUGGCGAGAAACGAAGAGCUGAAGUUUGGGGAAGGCGCGGUGCAGUUGGCCGAGGACGUGGUGGCGGAUGUGGAGAAGCUGAAUCGUGAUCCCUGGACGGUGCCAAAGAGCGUCAAGGUGGCGAAAUGGCGGGAGAGGUUCUCGAAGAUUGGCAAGGAUAAGAAAAGGUAG